AUGGCGACCUCAAAAGCUGAUGCAGAGACAAGGACAAGGCAAACUACACUGUUUUAUCAGAUGGCCACUUUGUUCUCUAUUUGCGUUUUCUGUGCUUUGCUCUACUGGUUGAGUGAAAGCUCGAAAUCUGUGGCUUCACAGAGCACAGGAGGAGGGUCUAGAAAUAUUGUUGAAGGCACUGUUUCUAUCAAUGGAACAGUUCCAAUUGGGACAACCGACCGUGAUUUUAUUUGUGCUACUUUGGACUGGUGGCCUCCUGAUGAAUGUGAUUAUGGAACUUGUAGCUGGGGCAAAGCUUCUUUGCUUAAUCUGAAUGGGGGCACUUUACAAGAUAAAGUCGUAUACGAGAGAAAAGGUGGACCUUGUCCAGCAUUUGUGAAAAAUAGUUCAGAAAUGUUCGGUUUCUCCCAAGGUUGCUUGCCAAUGUCCCGGUGGGAUGAAUUAAACAACUUCUUCAAACAAGCCGGGGCUGCUGUCGUUUUUGGGUUAAAUGCACUAAGUGGCAGGACUUUGGCAGCAGAUGGUUCUGCUGUGGGUGCUUGGAAUUCAAGUGAUGCUCAAUUUCUCUUGCGAUAUACUGUUAACAAGGGCUAUAACGUUCAUGGUUGGGAGCUUGGAAAUGAACUGAGUGGGAGUGGAACUGGAACAAGAAUUGCAGCAGAUCAAUAUGCAUCUGACACAAACAAUCUGCAAAUGAUAGUGCGAACCAUUUAUGCAGGUUUUGAAGUUAAGCCACUAGUCCUAGCACCAGGAGGGUUCUUUGAUGCAAAUUGGUUCACACAAUUCAUAAAAAAAACACCUAGAUCUCUUCAAGUAGUCACCCAACACAUUUAUAACCUUGGUCCCGGAGUUGAUAAUCAUCUAAUUGAUAAGAUAUUGGAUCCCUCAUACCUCGAUGGAGGUUCCCAGCCAUUCAGCAGUCUUCAAGGAAUUUUGAAGAGUUCAGAGACUUCAGCAGUUGCUUGGGUUGGUGAGGCAGGUGGUGCUUACAACAGCGGCCAUAAUCUUGUCACAAAUACAUUUGUGUUUAGUUUCUGGUACUUGGACCAGCUCGGAAUGGCAUCAUCUUAUGAUACGAAAACAUAUUGCAGACAAACAUUGAUUGGUGGAAAUUAUGGCCUACUCAACACUGUCACAUUUGUCCCGAAUCCUGAUUAUUAUAGUGCUCUUCUGUGGCACCGCUUGAUGGGAAGAAAUGUCCUGUCGACAACUUUCUCUGGGACAAACAAAAUACGCACUUAUGCUCACUGUGCGAAAGCAUCGCAAGGAAUAACGUUGCUGUUGAUUAACCUCGACGGAAACACAACUGUUAAAGUCCAUGUUUCAACUGAAAAUGUUAUCAGCAACGGAACUUUGGCAAUGCAACAACAACAAAAUGGAAGAACAAAGUUUUCUAGGAUGUCUAGGGGUUCAAAUGCUGAUGCCAAUACAAGAGAGGAAUAUCAUUUAACAGCCCUGAACGGUGAUUUGCAAAGUCAAACAGUUCUUUUAAACGGAAACAUGCUUUCUGUAAAUUCAUCUGGGAGUAUCCCUCCGUUGGAACCAAUUAAAACAAGCCAGUCCGAUCCAAUAACUGUUGCCCCUUUCUCUAUUGUAUUUGCUCACAUUGCUAAUUUCACUGUUCCUGCCUGUGAAGAUGUAAAUUGA